AUGAGAAGUAUGAAAGAAGAAAAAAAAAAGAAGAAGAAGGAAUCUCAGAAUCUCAGAAACUCAGAAUCUCAGAAUCUCAGAAACUCAGAAUCUCAGAAUCUCAGAAUUUCAGUAUCUCAGAAUCUCAGAAUCUCAGAAUUUCCAAAUCUCAGAUACUCAGAAUCUCAGAAUCUCAGAAUUUCAAAAUCUCAGAAUCUCAGAAUCUCAGAAUCUCAGAAUCUCAGAAUUUCAGAAGAAUCUCAGAAUCUCAGAAUCUCAGAAUCUCAGAAUCUCAGAAUCUCAGAAUCUCAAAAUCUCAGAAUCUCAGAAUCUCAGAAUCUCAGAAUCUCAGAAUCUCAGAAUCUCAGAAUCUCAGAAUCUCAGAAUCUCAGAAUCUCAGAAUCUCAGAAUCUCAGAAUCUCAGAAUCUCAGAAUCUCAGAAUCUCAGAAUCUCAGAAUCUCAGAAUCUCAGAAUCUCAGAAUCUCAGAAUCUCAGAAUCUCAGAAUCUCAGAAUCUCAGAAUCUCAGAAUCUCAGAAUCUCAGAAUCUCAGAAUCUUAGAAUCUCAAAAUCUCAGAAUCUCGGACCCAGGAAUCCGGACCCAAAAAUCCGGAAUCCGGACACAGGAAUCCGGAAUCCGGACCCAGGAAUCCGGAUCCAGAAAUCCGGAUUCAGAAAUCCGGAUUCAGAAAUCCGGAUCCAGAAAUCCGGAUUCAGAAAUCCGGAAUCGGAUCCCUUCUCCGGUCCCCUCUCUGGAGCCCCAGAGAAGGGAUAA